GCACAGUCGUCGACUUUCCAAAGAUGAGCUUUCGCCUCAGGCUCGAACUCUAGCUGGUAGCGGAACAUCCGCGCCGGGGUCUUCCGUACCAGCGGCCCCCUUGGCGUUCGGUUCCUCUGGGCUCGUCUGCCCCCUCACCCGCCACACACCCACCGUGUAACCCACAAAGAUAAGGGGCCUCCCUCCGUAAGCACGAACGUCCAGGCCCGUUUUCCGAGGAACGCGCGCAGCGCGCCGCGAGGAGGAGGGUGUGCGCGCCGUCCCGGGCGCAUUCGAGGGCGUCCUGCUGCGGGAAGUCUCGUGUGAUUAGCGCGGAGGUCUUGCGGUUUGGGGUUCUUGGUGGCGAGUCUGGUAAAAAUCAAGGUGACCCCAAGAAAAUGGCUUCUCCUCCAAAGGAGGUAGAAGAAGAUAGUGAAGAUGAGGAAGUGUCAGAUGAAGAAGAUGAAAGCAGUGGAGGAGAGGUUAUCAUUCCUCAGAAAAAAGGCAAAAAGGCUACCACAACUCCAGGAAAGAAGGUGAUGGUUUCCCCAACAGAAAAGAUUGCAGUUGCCACAGCAGGCAAGAAAGCAGUUGUCACCCCUGGCAAAGAGGGAACAGCUAUGCUGGCUCCUGGCAAAAAGGCAGCAGUUACACCAGCCAAAACCAUAGCAACCCCUGGUAAGAAGGAAGCAGCCACCCCAGACAAGGGAGCAGGGAAUGACAAGAAUGCCAAGAAGGAAGAUAGUGAUGAGGAAGAUGAUGGCAACAGUGAAGAGGAGGAUGAGGUUGAAUUUGAGCCAGCAGUGAUGAAAGCUACUGCUGCUGCCCCUUUCUUGGAUGAUGAUGAUGAAGAAGAUGACUCUGAAGAAGAACCGAUGGAGAUUGCACCAGCCAAAGGCAAGAAGGCUCCUGUAAAAGCUGUUCCUGUGAAGGCCAAGAGCACAGAAAAUGAAGACGAAGAGGAGGAUGACGAAGAGGAGGAUGAAGAUGAAGAUCCUAUUAAAAAAACACCUGAUAAACAGAAGAAGAAAAUGGCCAAACAGAAGGCUUCCCCUGAAACCAAAAAACAGAAAUUAGAAGCUGAACCACCUGUAACUUUCAAACUGUUUGUUGGAAACCUGAAUUUCAACAAAACUGCUGCUGAACUAAAAACUGGUCUCAGGGAAUUUUUUGCUAAAAAUGAACUCACAGUUGUUGGUGUCAGAGUCAGCUCGUCCAGGAGAUUUGGUUAUGUGAAUUUUAAAUCUGUUGACGAUCAGGAAAAAGCCCUGGAACUCAGUGAGACAAAGGUCCUUGGGUAUGAAAUUAAAUUGAAGAAACCAAAGGGAAAGGAAACAAAAAAAGAUCGAAAUGCCAAAACACUUUUGAUCAAGAACUUGCCUAGCAAGGUCACUGAGCAUGAACUAAAGGAAGUGUUUGAGGAUGCUUUUCAAAUCAGAUUUCUGAGCAAUGAUGGGAUAAGUAAAAGGUAUGUUUCGUACUGA